AUGCCUAAGACAAUUCUGAUCACUGGUACCAACCCCGGCGGUAUCGGCAACUCGCUUGCCCGAGAAUUCCACACCAAAGGCCUUCGUGUAUUCGCGACUGCCAGAAACACCGACAGCAUCACCGACCUCGCCGAUUUAGGCAUCGAAACACUCUCGCUCGAGGUCACCAGCCCGGAAAGCAUCAAGGCUUUGAAAGAGGAAGUUGCGUCGCGCACAGGUGGAAAGCUAGACUACCUCGUAAACAAUGCUGGUCGCAACUACACCGUGCCAGCCACAGACAUUGACUUUGAAGAAGUCCAAUUGACGUACGAGGUCAAUGUCUUUGGUGUCAUGCGCAUGUGUCAGGCCUUCACACCACUCUUGAUUGAGGCGAAGGGCACGAUUGUUCAGAUCGGAAGUCUGGCAGGUGUCAUGCCAUACGUCUUUGGCAGUGUCUACAACUCAACAAAGGCCGCCCUUCACUCAUACAGCAACACCCUCAGAGUUGAGCUAGAACCGUUCGAUGUCAAGGUCAUCACCGUCGUAACUGGUGGUGUCAAGAGCAGGAUCGCCAGAACUGAGAGACUCUUGUCCAAUGACUCAAUCUACCUGCCCAUCGAGGCCGAAUACCAGAGGCGCACGAAGCAUUCUCAAGAAGUCGGCAUGCCCAACGAAAAGUACGCAAAGUCUGUCGUGAGCCAAGUGCUUAGUGGCCGUCAUAAGAGGCAAUUCUGGGAGGGCUCCUUCUCGCACAUUGUCUGGUUCUUGUCAACUUUCAUGCCUGCCAGAAUUUUUGACUAUCUGUUCUGGCGUAACUUUGGUAUGUGGAAGCUCAGAGAGGCCCACGCUAAGAAGCUCGCAUGA